UGUCAUUUAAAUAAACAAAAUACUGUAGCUAUGGCGUCCUCGCUGAUUUGUAAAGAAACUCUAAGCAGGGUGAGUUCAGUGUUGAACAGAGAUGUCAAGCAGUUUGGAAAGAAGUUCAUGUUUGACAGCGACGAAGAAACGUGCUGGAACUCAGACCAGGGUGAGUGUCAGUGGGUGUCACUGGAGUUCCCUCAGUCUGUCAGGGUGUCAGAGUUAAAGGUCCAGUUCCAGGGAGGCUUCUCAGCAAAAACAUGCAGACUAGAAGGUUGCCCAAAAGAUGGAGACUUAACAGUGAUCAGCCAUUUAUACCCAGAGGACAACAACUCACUUCAGAGCUUUCCCAUACAGGAGGCCCCUGCAGUGGACAAAGUAAAAAUAAUGUUUGAGAAUAGUGCCGACUUUUUUGGGAGAAUAAUUAUUUAUUCCUUGGACAUCCUGGGGGAAAACGCUUCAUGACCGUUUUUUUAACCCUCUCAUGAGAGAGGAAGUGACCUCUGAGUGAAGUACAGGCCACGGGAUGGUGUGGUGGCACUUGGAAAACAUGUCAUCUGAGCUGCCACCUCCUCGGCUGAUGUGAAUGUGGCCUUUUUUGGAAUGGGUCCCUUUCACAGAUCUGUCUGGCAAUUUCUCUCCAUCACUCAUGGACAGGGAGCUUGAUAUAGAAUCUGGAUCUGGGUGGUAAUAGCUGAUUCAGUGAUGACGAAAUGUAUCUGUAAUCUUAUCUUAUAUUGGUGCAUUUGGACUAAAGUGGCAUUCCAGGAAAUGAAAAGUAUAAAAAUACA